AUGGCCGCGUACGAAAUCCGCUCCGGCGGCGACGUCAAGCAAAAGAAGCAGAGCAUGGCCGACCUGAAGUUACGCCGUCUGACGGAAUUGAACAGUCGCUUGAAGGAGGACUUGGAUCGUCCUCGUGUGAAGGUGUCCGAGGCUGCUCUAUCGCUUAUCAAUUACUGCAACAACACUCGUGACUUCAUGGUUCCCUCCGUUUGGGGUCAGGUCGACAAGAGAGAAGACCCAUAUGCACCUCAACAAUCCGGUGGCUGCUGUACUGUUAUGUAA